UGUAUAUAUAUAUAUAUAUAUAUUCUUUCAUUACAUGUGUAUUAAGUUUCAUGCAUAGUCAACAUAGAAAGAUGCCUUUGGUUUUACCUUCCACCAUAACAAGUGUAUGCCUGGUAAAUAUUAGCCAAGCAGGCCAAGUACUUUAAACACUGCGUUGUUAUUCUGCCAAUAUUUAUAGGUUUUGGAGACACUUUCCGUUCUGAUUGGCUAGAGCAGUUAGUUUGCUAUGCUGGAUAGCUUCUGUCCAGAGGUGAGAUUUGAAAUCUUCCAUGGAGCUAUAUAUCUUUGGCUCCAGGACCUGGAUUGGCCUCCCCAUUGAGUCUCUGCAUGGCAUGGAAUUGAAGUAUUCAUAACCCAGCUGAGCUAGGGUUUCGUUAACUAAUAAUGGGUUUAUGACCGAUGAAGCAACCUGGUAGACAGUACUACUUUCUGAUUUUCCAACAGCUCCAUGCUUUGCUGUGGCUGCCAAGAUUGCAUUGACAACGAAGUCAGCUGGCACCUGCAAACAAGUCAACUUUUAGAGAGGGAUCCCACUUACCGCAUCAAGGACACCGUUUGGAUCUCCUGGAAAACCACUGAGCUGCCCUUUACCGUAUAACUGCAUCAGUGGAUCAGCUAUCCUGGAGGAAGAAAAAAAGAAAGAUUAUAAAAUUUAUGCUAAGCCAUCAUUAUAUAGAUGGUAUGACAUUACCUAUUUCCUUCUAUCCAUCUGGGGAAUGGUUCUUUGUCAGUGCUCCCAAUAUCACCUGGUCGAAUUAUAACCAAUGCUUCAUUUCAUUUUCAACAUCCACUGCAGAGGUGGAACUCUCUUCUGCUAUGCGAUCUCCGAUGCACAUUGGUUUUUCCAUGAUUCGACCUUGUCUUUCUCCGUUAACAUAAGCUGUAUGUGAAAAAACAUUAAAGUCCGUCUAAAAUUUUGAAACACAAUAUUUACUACUGCAAUUUAACUUUUUGUUCUGUUCAGGCUCUCUGUACUAUGGUGUUCGGUGUAUAUAGCCUUUUCUGGUUGAUGUUUGCUGGAAGUGAAAAUUCUAAAGAAGAGAAAAGCUAUGGCCAGCAGCGAUGAAAAAAGCUAUGGUCGGCAGUGAUGCACUAAAGGAUUAUCUUUGCAAACAUUUCCUACCACAGGAACCAACUUGCUCGGCAUGAAAUCUUGAUAGGAUUCUCCAUAGGUUUCGGAAACAGUUUUACCAAAAAAAGCGUGUUAUCCAAAAAAAUGAAAACAGAAAACAAAACCGAUUUCAUCACAUCAGUACCUUUUGCCAAGAACCCAGUUCCACCAGUAACAAGAAACUUCUUCUCUCUAAAGAAUUUGACAAUUCCUAUUCCACUGCGCAGCUCCAAUUCCUUUGCUGCAGACUCUGCCCGGUUCAUCCCAUUCGGAGACAAAACCGGGCGUCCUCCAUAAUCUAGAGGCGCAAUGUGAUCAGCGUGGCAAUACAGAGCACUCUUCUUCCUGAUCAUCAAAAGGCAUUGGCUAUGCUCAUCCCUCCAUUUAAUGAAAUUUUCAGGUCGAAUUGAGAAGAAGUUUAGGGGUAAAGCUCCCAUCAGUGCCAAGAAAGAGUACACUAAUGCUUUUUUGUUGUUGAAAAUGGUGGGAUUAAAAUCAUACAAAAUCAAUCACUCUGUUUGUUAACAGUUUUCAUAUUUCUCUGCAACAGAAAGACUAGCACAUCUACCAGGAGAAUGAGCUGGCCGGAACCACCUUUGAAAAAGUUGCAAAUGUGCACACUGAUCAGGAGGAACGAAUGGUUGGAGAUCGCAUAGUGGUUGACGUCUACUGUAACAAAUGCUACACUCUUUUGGGCGUAAAAAUCAUUGAAAAUGGAAACAAUAGAGGCGCACUGAGAGUUGGAGAUUUCCUACUACAUCUGACCAAGCUCCAGAAGUGGAAUGGAAAUGAGAUUGUUGAUGCUGACGCUGUUGUUGAUGCUAAUGAUAACGAUGAUGAUGUUGUUGAUGCUGCUGCCGCUGCUGUCGCUGCUGUUGUUGAUGCAGCUGCCACUGCUGCCGCUGCUGCGGCUGACGCUGCUGCUGCCGCUUCCGCUGCUGCCGAUGCCGCUGCUGCUGCCGCCGCUUCCGCUGCUGCUGUUGCCGCUGCUGCUGCCGCUUCCGCUGAUGCCGUUGCCGCUGCUGAUGCCGCUUCCACUGCUGCUGACGUGGCUGAUGCUUAUGCUAAUGCUGCUGCUGCUGGUUAUGCUAAUGCUGAAGAUUAAUAUGGUUACUACUAGUUCAGUUGUGUUUUGACAGUUUCUUUGAUUGUCUCAGUAGUCAAUGACUACUAGUGUGAUAUAUAUAGUUGUUGUGUCCUCUACGAGAUUUACUAAAAUGAAACAAUGUAGGUAGUUUUUUUCAACACAGUUUCUGUUCCAGUGUUUCAAGACUUCUACAGAAUCACAAACCAGUUUGUGGGUUUCUGUUUCGAAUUA